AUGGCGUUUUUAGCUAUGAAAUCAUUUCCUGGCUCACAUUCUGGUAUCAAUAUUGCAAAAGAACGCAAUGCUAUUACAGAAAGAUGGAAUAUUCCUCAAUCCAAGCUCCAUUUACUUGUCCACGAUAGUGGCUCUAAUAUGAUAAAAGGUGUGCGAGAUGCAGGAUAUGAUUCAGGCAGUUGCUUUAUUCAUUCACUACAACGAGCUAUAGAUCAUUCGCUACAAUCUCAACCAGAAGUACAACAGAUGAUAGUUGCUGCGAGACGAAUUGUUACCCAUUUUAAUCAUUCUGACUUAGCAGAGCAGAAACUUAAAUCUAUUCAACAAGAACUUAACUUGCCAAACCACCAACUAGUACAAGAUGUGAGCACACGCUGGAAUUCUACGUAUUAUUUAAUGGAGCGAUUAUUAGAACAAAAGCGAGCUGACUCCUUGUACAUAACAGAUCGUGAAACUUUAAUAAAUCUGACACAUGCUCAAUGGGAACUAUUGGAACAAUGUAUCAAACUCCUCAAACCAUUCGAAGAAAUAACAAAAAUAACUAGCUCAGGUAUCUCUUGCAUCUCUGAAGUGAUUCCACAUGCAGUAACUUUAUUAAAAUAUCUGGGAAAAGCAGAGACAGCUGAGAAAGUACCUAAUUUAGUCACAAUGAGAUCUUCACUGCAGGCCGAGCUAGAAAGGCGAUUCAGCUUCGAUGAUAAAACAAAUAUCUGGUUGCUACUUUUCUGGAUCCUCGCUUUAAAACGAGUUUUCUAG